UUUGAACCUGAAUUGAACCAUUUUCAAUAAAAUAUUAAUUAUGCAAAAAUCAUUUAAUCAAUAUACAAUUUGUACAUUCAGAGCAUUCCACUAUACACUCUCCUUCCUCAAUAAUGUCCUCAGUUAUCUCAAUAUUGUCACCACAUCUACAAGUAAAAUAAAAAACACCCAUAACAAAAUUCAAGUCCUUUUUUUCUAUUUCUGCAUAAAUCAAAGAACUGUUAUCAAAACUACCAUGUAGUAAGGAGGCGUCGUAUUCCUUUCUCGCUUUCUCAUCUUUCAAUGUUUUGAAUGCCUUAUCAAUCAUAACAAACUUGUCAUCAGAGAUAAAAUCAAUUCCUUCUUGCGUUUGCUUAUCAGGGUGAUGUUUCUUGACUAGGAUCUGAUAGUUGUGUUUCAAUUCAUCGAAAGUAGCAUCCUGAUCACAUCCUAAUAUGGAAUAAAACGAUUGUUCACAUUGUUGGGAACUGGGAGUGAAUUCCUGUUUAUCUUCCAUAUUCAUCAGGGAACCAGCAAAGAUGAAACUUUUCUUGAUUUUGCAACUAUUGUAUGUUGCUAUUGUACUAUCAGAAACAAUUCCCAUAGUUGUAAAUACGUGGGGUUUUCAAGAUGCAACCAGAAAAGCUUGGCAGAUAUUGCAAGAAGGAGAAUCAAAACAAAAGGAUGCAGCCCUAGAUGCUCUGACAGCUGGAUGUGAGACUUGCCAAGACGAACAGUGUGAUACUACUGUGGGGUUUGGCGGUUCGCCCGAUGAGAAUGGCGAAACAGCUCUAGACGCCAUGAUUUUUGACGGGGAUGUUAUGGAUAUGGGAGCCGUAGGUAGUCUCAGAAGGGUCAAAAACGCUAUAUCUGUAGCUAGACAGGUGCUAGAGCACACAGAACAUUCCUUUUUGGUUGGGAGCUUAGCUACCGGGUUUGCAGUGCAAUUUGGCUAUCGUGAAGAAUCGCUUCAGACUAAUUUUUCAUUAGGCCAGUGGAAAAACUGGAUAAACAAUAAAUGUCAACCAAAUUUCUGGAAGAAUGUGGUGCCUGAUCCAAAACAUUCUUGUGGGCCGUAUUAUCCACCUCAGGAGCAAAGUAGCAGGGAAAUUGAUGAAAAUCGUGGAAACAACUAUGAUUCCAAGAAUCAUGAUACUAUCGGUAUGAUUGUCAUUGCUGGAAAUGGGCAUGUGGUUGCCGGGACUUCAACAAAUGGCGCGAAGUUCAAGAUUCCCGGGAGAGUUGGUGAUUCACCUAUACCUGGCGCUGGAGCAUACGCUGACAGUCAAUAUGGAGCUGCAGUUUGCACUGGCGAUGGUGAUAUCACCAUGAGAUUUUUGCCCAGUUUUUUGGCUGUUGAAAAGAUGAGAGAUGGUGCCUCACCUACUAAAGCAGCAAAAAUUGCCAUAUCCAGAAUAGCAGAAAAAUACCCAAAAUUUUUUGGAGCUAUAGUGGUGGUCGAUAAAAAAGGAAACAUUGGAUCCGCUUGCAAUGGAAUGGAUAAAUUUCCUUACAGUGUUGCCAAUAAGCAGUACCCUAAUAGUACUAUAAAAUACGUUGUGAACUGUAAGAAUCAGUGAAGAGAGAAAAUAUAAUGAAUUUACUUUCAAUUGUCUUUACUCUUCUUAG